AUGCAGCUGUGCCGGGGCCGCGCGUUGGGCAUCUCCGUGGCGGUGGCGCACGGGGUUUUCUCCGGCUCGCUCAACAUCCUGCUGAAGUUUCUCCUCAACCGUUACCACUUCACCUUUCUGUCGCUGCUGCAGUGCCUGACCAGCUCCACGGCGGCGCUCAGCCUGGAGAUGCUGCGGCGGCGGGGCACCCUAGAAAUGCCGCCCUUCAGCUUCAGCCUGGUGCGCGUCUUCGCUGGGGUCACGGUCCUCUCCACGCUGCAGUCCUGCCUCACCCUCUGGUCCCUGCGCGGUCUCAGCCUGCCCAUGUACGUGGUCUUCAAGCGCUGUCUGCCCCUCGUCACCCUCCUCAUCGGCGUCCUGGUGCUCAAGAACGGCAUCCCCUCCCUCGGGGUGUCGGUGGCCGUCCUUAUCACCACCUGCGGGGCUGCUCUGGCAGGUGCGGGUGACCUGACAGGUGAUCCCAUUGGGUAUGUGACUGGAAUUCUGGCUGUGUUGGUACAUGCAGGAUAUUUGGUUGUCAUUCAAAAGACGAGUACAGACAGUGACUAUGGGCCCUUGACAGCCCAAUAUGUCAUUGCAGUUUCAGCCACACCUUUUCUCAUCCUAUUCACCUUUGUCAGCAUGGAAGCUAUCAAUAUCUGGUCCUUCCCAGGAUGGAAAGAUCCCCUCAUGACUUUCAGCUUUAUUGCUUGUAUCUUACUGGGCUGUGCCAUGAAUUUUACCACCCUUCAUUGUACUUACAUUAACUCAGCUGUAACUACUAGUUUCGUUGGCGUUGUGAAGAGCAUUGCAACCAUCACAGUUGGUAUGGUAGCAUUCAAUGAUGUGGAGCCCACAAAGCUAUUUAUAGCAGGUGUUGUGGUAAACACUGUAGGAUCCAUCAUUUAUUGUGUAGUCAAGUUUAUUGAGACAAGAAAACAGAGUAAUUAUGAAGAUCUGGAAGAGGAACUUAGAGAAGAAGAGAAGAAAGACUGUGAUGGAGGUCAACCACCCUUUUUAAUGGAGGAGAUGCCCAAGGAGACAGAAUCUGGAGAUCCAAUAAUGGAGGAGUCAGCAAAUGGAAAUAAACAUGAGACGGGCAGCACUGGAGAAGAAGAAAAUGCUGCUGUUGUUCCAAAAGGUGGUAGCUUUGAAGGACUUAACAGAAACUCACUAAAGGAUGCCUAUCUUGGAAUAUGGAGGUUAAUCAGGGGGGCCAAUUAUGCAAAGAAAGAUUAUCUAGUAGAAAAUGAAGAGUUACCAAGCCCUUGA